UGAUCAUUUUGAAGACUCGACAACUCACCUUUCGUCGUCCUUCUCAAGUUGACUGUUCAAGUAUCGAGCAGCUUGAGAGAACAACGAGCAUCUGUAUUCUGUCAAAAUGAAACUCAACGUCGCCAACCCCGCUACUGGGGCUCAGAAAUUGUUCGACUUUGACGAUGAGCGUAAAGUCCGAUGCUUCAUGGAGCAGAGAAUGGGACAGGACAUUGCUGUCGAUUCGCUCGGAGAUGAGUGGAAGGGAUACGUCUUGAGGAUCACUGGAGGAAACGACAAGCAGGGAUUCCCCAUGAAGCAGGGUGUUCUCUUGCAGCACCGAACUAAGCUCCUGCUCAGCAAGGGCCACUCUUGCUACCGACCCCGACGAACUGGAGAGCGAAAGAGGAAGUCCGUCCGAGGAUGCAUCGUCGGAAACGACAUUGGAGUUCUUGCUACCAUCAUUGUCAAGCAAGGAGAGCAGGAACUUCCCGGUUUGACCGACGUUACCCUUCCCAAGCGACUUGGACCUAAGCGAGCUACGCGAAUCAGGAAGUUCUUCAACCUCGACAAAAAGGACGACGUCCGAGCUUUCGUCAUCAAGCGAGAGGUCACCCGAGCCAGCGGAAAAACCUACACCAAAUCCCCCAAGAUUCAGCGUCUUGUCACCCCCAUGCGUCUCCAACGCAAACGUCACCUCCAGUCCUUGAAGAAGCGACGAACCGAGGCUCAGAAGGAGUCUAUCGCCGAGUACAAGGCCAAGGUUGCUCAGCGUGCCGAGGAGAAGAAGACCCACAUCGCUUCCCUUCGUGCCCAGAAAAAGGCCAGGAGAUCUGCAUAGAUUUUGUAGUCUUCCUCGGUCUGUAUAUGUAGUCUCGGACUACAAUUGGGGCAUGUAUGACGUGCGACGAUUGAACAUG